ACACGAUUGGCCAGAGGGAGCUGCAAUGCGCCUGUGAUCAAACAUCAUCCUACUCUUCUCUUCUUAAAGUUCGACUACCUUGGUUAUCUUUUCAAUUCGGAUCUUUGACGUGGUUGCGCCCUGUCCUUCUGUGCGAGAAGACUUCAUAAGAGAUGUCCGACUCCGCGCCAACAAGAUCGCGGAACGUAGUCGGCGAGGCUGUACCGCUUCCUGUACCUUUGAAGGCGGCAGUUAAGACAUAUAUCCUCAACGACUUGGAGCUUGAGACGCACCCAUCUUACCAGCCACUCCAGGAAUUGGCACAUGCAAAUAAUGGUAGACCGAGCGCAGUUUCCGCCUUAAGCGCUCCAGUAACGUUCACCGCUUCCGGAGUCUUGUCAGUUGUGACGGACGAGGAAGAGGAGGAGGAGGUGGAUCUACCGCUGGAGGAACUAUACCACGAUACCGAGAAGGAGUCACAACGCCUAAAGCGAGCGAUACAAGAGUACGAACUGGCCGAUGGCAAAGGUUGUAAGAAAAGGUCGCUACUGAGUAGCGACUUGCAUACUUGGCGUGACGUUUUGGCGGAAGUUGAUGAUGCGUCCAAACAGUACAACGAGCCGGACGGCGUAUGGGGUAAAAUCAGGAAAGCCUUCAGGAAGUCUGGCGAUAAAGCUGUGUCUAGUUCAGCGUGGCUGGUCUUGCUGCCAGCCAGUUCGGAAUAUUUCUCUAUCCUGUGUGGAGGGCUGACACUCAUUGUUGGAGCUGCAUCACGAUUGAAAGGUCUUCGUGAAGACAUCAUCAGAAUUCUCGUCGAGAUACCAACUAUACUUUCUUGUGCGAAUCGUGCGCAGAAUGUUGCAAAGACAUCGAAAGAACUUCGUCGAAGUGGUGCUGAAGUGUUCUUGGCCACCAUCACAUUGCUACAACACAUACUGAAGUACUUCAGGACCAAAGCAGCGGGCGCCUUCUUCGGACAAUCUGAAUAUGAGCAAGAUUUGACUAAUAGCAUCGAUAUGCUCAGAUACCAUUCGUCCCAAUUCGAAAAGAUCACUCACAUAUGCUGUCUUGAGAUGAUUGAGCAUACAAGAACCACUGUACAAGCUCUGCAGGCAGACAUACGUCGGAACGAUAGUGGUCUACACCAACAUGUCAAUCUCGUACGGACGGAAGUCUACGAGCGAAUUAAGAGUCUUGAAGACCGAAUCAGCCAAUCACUCCAAGUGCUUGUUGAGAUGAUGAGCAGCAAUCCGAGAUUAGACCAAAGUACACAAGAUCUCCGACCCCCGAGGUUACCCAUUAAGAGAGCUCGGUCGGCUCCGACACUCAGAAGACUUCGCAACGAAGCUGAACGGAGCUGUCUUGUUCUGCUCGACUACGAAGAAGUUGUUAUCCAGUCCAAUAUCCAGAAGAACCUUCGUUGCGCAUAUCAACUACCGAAACCUGCUCAAGACCGCAUCAUCGCCAUAAUCCGACACCAGAGAGUCUUGUCGUGGCUAGGAGGUAGCAAGUCUUCAGUCUUCUUCCUGAACGGACAUUACAGCUCACCGAGAGCCAUGGCUCAGAGUCCCACGUCAUUUUUUUGCGCCAAGUUGGCUUCCGCCAUACAGUCUAACAGCGAAGUGUCGAAAGAGCCGUCCUUGCAUCCGCCCGUGAAGACUAUUGCGAUUUCUUUCUUUUGUGCUGAACACCUCGAUCCCAGAGAUCCUCAUCAAGGCGCACAGGGCAUUGUCAGGAGUCUUAUAGCCCAACUCUUGGUUUGCUAUAACGAAUUCGACAGCCGCCUCAUCAAACAGCUCCUCAAUUCCGAUCUAGAUCAUCUCAAACCGUUGUGCGCCACCCUGGAGAUCAUGAUCAACGAACUUCCUGAAGAAGUAGUGCUGACCUGCAUUAUCGAUGCUAUCACGAUGCAUGAGGACAGCGAGGCACGCUGCAAGAAAGUAGAGUCUGUUCUCGACACUCUGAUUGGGAUUGCAGGAUCAGACGAUGAACGGAAAUGUGUGUUCAAACUCUUGGUCACGUCGCCAAGAGUGUCCAGAAGGUAUAGCGCGAGGACUGGCGGUAAGGCAUGUGCGAGUGUGCUCACGAUGCCGGAAAAGGUGGCUUCUCAAGGAGCUUUUACGAUGACAAAGUGGGGCGACUAUAUGCAAGCUGGUCAAAAUGGGUACACUGGUUGA